AUGCAAUGUACAAGUCUACUGAAAUAUAAUAAGCAUUUGGCUCGAACACAAACACUAAUAAUUUUUAAAAAAAAUUUUCUGCAUUUAGUGGUUAGAAGAAUGAAGCUUUGGUAUUCUAUAACAAUCUUACUAAUAAUUCAAAAGGAUUCUAUAAGUGCGUCCCACCAAAUUCCGGAAGAGUAUUCUGGUUCUGGUUCUGGUGACUAUAUUCCUAUUGACAGAGUGGAGGGUAUUGGUAUUGAUGACGAAGAUUAUCAUUCUCAUGGUAACAAAGACAUAUACAUUAUUGAUGAUGAUGACUACAAUAGUACCAUUGAUCCACAUGGCAUCCCAAAAUCUGGAGACGAAUUGUCCAAAAACAUAACAAGCAAAUUCAGUGGAGAAACAUAUACUGAAUAUAAAAAUGAAAUAGAUAAAAAUACAAGUCAGCAUACGAUAAUCUCCAAUGUAACUAAGAUUGAUAUUUUAGGAGAACAACCCCGCAUGUAUAGUAUAUGGAAAAAGCUGACCAUAGAAUCGAAAGUCUCCGAAAUAAUUCCUGACGAUAAUACUAUACUUAAAGAAAAAUCUGAACUAAAUAUAGACAUAAUCAAACUAAUUCAAAAUAGUAACAAAAAAUGUACUGUAUAUACUUCGAUUGAGAAUGUUAAUUUUGUAAUAUACUGUUAA